UCUCCACCAUUUCAAGUUCAACAAUGGAAAAUCUAAAGCCAAACCCAGCAAACAAUCCUCCUCUAACCCCGAUCGGCUUCCUCGAAAGAGCCGCCACCGUCUACGGCGACUGCCCUUCCGUCAUCUACAACGACACCGUCUACACCUGGUCGGACACUUACCGCCGAUGCCUGCGUUUAGCCUCCUCAAUUGUCGUUUCCCUCGGAGUAAAGCGCCGUCAAGUAGUAUCCGUCGUCGCCCCAAACGUCCCCGCCGUGUACGAGCUCCACUUCGCUGUCCCCAUGGCCGGCGCCGUCCUCAACACCCUCAACACCCGCCUUGACUCCCGCACAAUCUCCGUCAUGCUCCGUCACGGCGAGUCCAAGCUCGUCUUCGUCGACCAACAGUCCGUAAACCUUGUAAUUGAUGCCAUCUCUUUGUUUCCGAAUAAUGCUCCGGUCCCUCGGCUCGUCCUCAUCGCCGAUGAAGCAGCGCCGUUACAUUCACCGGAAAUUAUUAACAGUCGUUUUUACUGCAAUUAUGAGGAGUUGGUUGAGAGAGGAGAUUCUGGGUUUCGGUGGCUGAGGCCGGAGACCGAGUGGGACCCAAUCAUACUGAAUUACACUUCCGGCACGACGUCCUCUCCCAAGGGAGUUGUUCAUUGCCACAGAGGGAUCUUUAUUGUAACUGUCGAUUCAUUGGUCGAAUGGGGUGUACCGAAACAGCCGGUAAUCCUGUGGACUCUCCCUAUGUUUCAUGCCAAUGGAUGGACUUUCCCAUGGGGGAUGGCGGCCGUUGGUGGGACCAAUAUUUGCCUCCGAAAAUUCGACGGUCCGGCCAUCUUCGACCUCAUCCGCCGCCAUGGCGUCACUCACAUGUGCGGUGCGCCGGUGGUUCUCAACAUGUUGUCCAACACUCCCAACACCAAAGCUCCUCUCGAAAGCCCAGUUCAUAUCAUGACCGCAGGAGCUCCGCCGCCUUCGGCGGUGCUCCAUCGGACGGAAGCCCUCGGGUUUGUCGUCAGCCACGGUUAUGGCAUGACGGAGACGGGAGGAAUGGUUACAUCAUGCGCGUGGAAGCGGCAAUGGAACCAGCUGCCUGCGACCGAGCAGGCCCGGCUCAAGGCCCGGCAAGGGGUGAGGACGGCAGCGAUGGCGGAGGUGGAUGUAGUCGACCCGAAUACCGGGCUGAGCGUGAAGAGAGAUGGGUUGACAAUUGGGGAGGUAGUACUAAAAGGUGGGUGUUUGAUGUUGGGUUACCUUAAAGACCCGGAAGCAACUGCUAAAUGUAUAGAUAGUAGUAAGGGAUGGAUGUAUACGGGCGAUGUGGGAGUGAUGCACUCGGAUGGGUAUUUGGAGAUCAAGGACAGGUCCAAGGACGUGAUCAUAACUGGCGGGGAGAACGUGAGCAGCGUGGAGGUGGAGUCGGCGUUGUAUGGUCACCCGGCGGUUGACGAGGCGGCGGUGGUUGCGCGGCCAGACGACUACUGGGGGGAGUCGCCGUGCGCCUUCGUGAAAUUGAAAAAUGGUGUAAGGAGGAAACCAACGGAGAAGGAGAUUUUGGAGUAUUGCAGGGAGAAGCUGCCGCAUUACAUGGUGCCGAAAUCGGUGGUGUUUAGGGACGAGCUACCGAAGACUUCGACCGGGAAGAUUCAGAAGUUUCUGCUUAAAGAGAUUGCCAAAGCGAUGGGAUCGACGGCGGCGGAGGCGGCCUCGUCCUCGGAACGAGCAGUUGGUCUGAGUAGGAUGUAGAUGAUGGAAAGGUGGUAGAUGGCUUGUUUAAAUUAGUGUUUGUGAAAUGUUUGCAUAUCACUUUUGUUGAAUUGAACCACUUGUAUUUUGUCAACUUCUAUUAUCUGAGCAAGCUAGCUUUCAGCACUACAUUGUG